AUGGCAGUGAGACAUGGUCUGGUCCUGCUGGUGCUGAGUGUGGCUGUCGCCCGUCGAGAUUGCAUUGAGAACUCGACAGAUCUACAGCAGUGUGGUCAGGAAUGCUCGAGACGCCCGAGAGGUCGCGAGAGGGCAGACUGCGCGGUCUCUUGUAUCCUCGGUAGAGGUCAACAUGGGCGCUGCGCUGGAUGUUUGGGUGAGCUCAUAGACUGCAGGCUGUCAAACUGUUUGUUUUUCUGCCCAGAUUAUCCGGAGCGCUGUGAACUCUGCGUUGCAGAGCGCUGUACCGCCUGCGUGUCCAAAACGACUGCUGGAACCAACGUCGCGACCUCCCAUGACGAGCAGGGGCCCCGAUGA